AUGGCAGCCGCGAGCGACGGCGAUGAAACGUUGGCGGAUUCAGUCGCUGACGACUUCCAAACCGACGAUCGCCAUGCGUGGAAUCGACUUAGUGGCAUAGCACUUGCCUGGUCGCUGGCCAUUUCCGUGGCUUUGGCAGCCCACUGUUCCCAGGGGGAUCGGCGCCAGGACAAGCGUCUGCGACUAGAGCAUUUUCAAGGUUGGCAGUUUCUCAUGUGCUGCAUCAUCAUCUGGCACCAUUACUGCAACCCUAGCAUCUUCUCGCAAUUGGCAUAUUGCUCCGUGACGUUCUUCGUCUUCUUUUCGGGCGUCGUGACGCAGUACGCGUAUGUAGACAAGAUGUCUGGUGUCAAUGCACACCUGCUUUCAUUCUACUUGCGCCGAAUCGCUCGAGUUCUUCCGAUGUACUAUGGAAUUCACUUCCUGGUGUUGGCUUUGUCGGGUAAAUCCCUGGCAACCGACUUCCAGGACUCGGUCUUGAUGAUUUGCACUUGGCAUGGGUCCUCUCCUGCCACAAAUUUUCCUGCAUGGACGGUCUGCGCGCUGGUGUGGUGCUGGUUGUUUGCUCCACUGCCUUCCCGCCUCCUGUGCUGCAUACGACAGCGUUUCGGGAGCAGCGUGCACUACCCGAUGGCCCUUUGGAGCUGUUUGAUGACGCUGGGCUUCUGCGAUGAAGUGUGGGCUCGCCUUGCAUAUCGACAAGAUGAGGACAUGGACUUGGACUACUGGUUCUAUGAGACAAAGCACAACGUCUUCAUAUUCUGCUUGGGCAUGGGCGUGGCAGAGUUGGCCCAGCACUUGCCCGAUGCACCGCAUAUGGCGUGGUUUUGGCCCAUCUGCUGUGAUGUGACCUUGCUUACGACCCUGGCCCUGACGGCCUCCUGGAAGCAGGGCUCGCCUACCUGGGGCUUCAGCUAUUGGAGUGGCUCCUUUGCACCGGUGACGGUGUGGGUGCUGACGUCGACCCUGGGUCACCAAUCGCUUUUGAAUCGAAUCUGCAGUCAUCGAAUUUUGCACAACUUGGGGGAGUAUUCCAUGCAGAUCUACCUGCUUGCAAACCCCCUCCACGACUUGCUGCCACUCGAACUAGAGCCGAUCCUGCUUUAUGCCGCCAUUCUUACCAUCUCGGUGGCGGUUGCCGAUCUUGCCGAGAGACCGUGGUCAGAGUUCCUGAAGAAAGCAACUGACAAGCUCCAGCGUGGUGCUGCAGGUCCGAGAGACCUCGAGGACGGCAUUCUCCUCUCUGCCCGGGGCGCUCCCGGGCAAUCGAGCGCAAAGUGA